AUUUAACUAGACUAUACAAGUUUGCGAUGGUUUUGUUUCUGAAUGUGGAGACUCACAUGAAUUUGAGUUAUUCUUUGAAGGCAAUUAUUGUCUCGCGUUCAUUGAGUGUAUGCAUUUGCAAUAGGAUACUGCUUAAAACUGACAUUAAAUGCCGAGUGAGAGAUCAUAGCGGUCAACUGGAAAUAUUAUAACCAUGGACCAGUUUCAUCGGCUCCAUGCGGAUCAUCUAUCCGAACACUGAACAUCUGUAUUUCGCUCGCCAGUUUAUGCAGGUGUUCGCAUUCUAUGAGCUACGAAUAGGAUGGUAGGCGUGGAGCAUUAUUGGAAAAACUGAAGGGAUUUUCGGAGCUAAGUACUUCAAGUAAAUUGCAACGGAAAAUCAUGUUUCGCCGGUUUAUGUAAUUUUCUUGGAGUUAUAGUAUUGAAAGAAACCGGCAUACAAUAUUAAUAGGUGUUAAAGAAAGUCCUAAUACACACAUUGCUAAAGAGAAUAAACGCGAUAUACAUUUUGUAUGUGAUUCCCGAGAGGACCAGGAUAGUUACGGAUUUGUCGGUGUCGAUUGGUGUCAUAAUUUAUCGGGCUUGCGAAACAGUUGAAACAGACGCCGUGAGUGCUCGCAGUUGGGGCAGUAUGUGUGAGCGAGUAUGUUAGCAAGGAAGCUGAUUAGGCUAUGAACGAAUACGGUGUAUGUGUCCUAUGUAAUCAUGUGAACGUAUACCAUCCGCGUUGAUAACGAGAACAAUCACAAUUAAAGUUGACGUGAAGAGUACCUUCAUAAUACGUAGACCGUGUAGUUAUACUCGUGCAUACCUAUCCAAGAGAUCAUGUUAUAUGUGAAGAAACGUGGUUGAUAUAAUGUUGAGGAAAGUUGUAAAGGUUAAUAAAAAAAGAAACGUGUAUCUUGUUCGCGCUCGGAAUAUCUUCUACCACUCUCGGAGAAAAGAUAAGGUAGAGGCUUGGUGAUUCAGCAAAGAUGGAGAUCACACAUUGACGGCUGGGGCGCAUUGGGUGAAGUAAAAUUUGCCACUGUCGAUCGACCCGGAAGUGAACAGCCAUGGAGUCGACGCCAAUGCUCGAGCAGCCGGUACCGGCAACCCGAAAGUUAAAACAAAUCAUGAAUCGGUACGAGUUUGAGAACCCUGAACUUGAGCGCCUAUACCGGCGGUACGUGUUUAAGCUCCAGCAGGCGUCGCUCGGUCAUCUGGUCAGUCUGAGCUGCCUGCUGACCGCUUGCCUAGCGGUAUUGUACUUCUACCACGUGAAAAACGUGACCGUGCCCGGGAUAUACAUGUGCGCGCACUUUACUGUGUUUUUAUUUCUGUUCAUUUUUACGCAUACCCCAUUUAUGAAGGAAUCUCACUUAGGGGCCGUUUGCGCGGUGAUUUUAGUGUUUCUUGUCGGAUUUGCCGUUUUCUCGUUCCCUCUGGAUUUUGGAUAUAAGGAUUCCUCUCGACCUGAGACCCUGUACAAUCCUGUGCACGGGGCCUGGGAGGUGACGUACGUUGUCUUCGUGAUAUACUCAAUGAUGCCUUUGCGCACGUAUUUGUCGGCAAUAUUUGGGGUUCUACUUCCGGUCAGCCAUCUUGUGGUGACGGCGUUCGUUGCAGACGAUCUACCCGGCUUGCUAUGGAGACAGUUGUUGGCAAACGGCCUUCUCUAUGUCAGCGCCAACGUCGCCGGCCUGUUUAUUCACAACGUCACGGAGCGCGCGCAGCGUAAGACGUUCUUGAAGACCCGGAACUGCAUAGCCUCCCGCCUGGAUAUUGAAGACGAAAAUGAGAAACUUGAAAAGUUGUUGCUUAGCGUCCUUCCCCAGCACGUUGCUAUGGAGAUGAAAAACGACAUUACGUCACCACACCAGGGCAUGUUCCACAAGAUAUACAUACAGAGGCACGAGAGCGUCAGCAUCUUGUUCGCGGAUAUCGUCGGCUUCACGAGUCUCUCCUCGCACUGUUCCGCCGAGAACCUCGUCAAAAUCCUCAAUGAGCUCUUUGGCCGCUUCGACCAUCUCGCCAAGAGGAACAACUGUCUGCGGAUCAAGAUUCUCGGCGACUGCUACUAUUGCGUGAGCGGACUGCCGGAAGCGAGGGACGACCACGCCAAGUGCUGCGUCGAGAUGGGUCUAGAUAUGAUAGAAGCCAUAGAUACCGUGUGCGAGUCGACGGGAGUGAAUCUGAACAUGAGGGUCGGCAUACACACGGGGCGUGUCCUUUGCGGUGUGCUAGGGCUUAAGAAGUGGCAAUAUGACGUAUGGAGUAAUGACGUCACACUGGCCAACCUCAUGGAGUCCGGGGGACUUCCCGGGCGGGUUCACAUCACCUCCCAGACGCUCGAGCACUUGCGCGGGGAGUACGAGGUGGAGCCCGGAAAAGGCGGCGAACGUAACGCCUACAUACAGGAGCACGGCAUCGAGACGUACUUCGUUAAGUCGGCCGGAAGUCCGGUACUCAAAAAGGAGACGAUGCUGUCCGACAAGCGUCUAUCGAGCAUCCGCGCCAAGAAACUCUCCUUCCGGAGCGUGACAAACUGCGUUCUGCGUCUUAUCCACUCGGUGAAAUUUAACGCGGAAAUCCCGUUCUCAAACGUGCUGAAUCCACCAUCGGAUGACAAUAAUAAGCAGUCAGGACACGGGGCCUCGAAUAAGUUUACAAAAUUCGGUUACUCCGUCACAGAUAAGUUGCGGAAGGCGUUCAAAGAAAGGCACUCUCACAAGCCCAAACCUGUGGAUCGCGUGAACAAGUACCUGAACCAGGCGAUCGAUGCGCGCAGCGUGGACCGCGAGAAGUCGGAACACGUGAACUACUUCACGCUCAGGUUCAAGAAACCAGAAAAAGAAAAAAUGUACCAGACGACAGGUGACUUCGCGUUCACGAGCAGCAUUAUCUGCGCAAUGAUCCUUCUUAUAUGCACCGCGGCGGUGAAUACUGUCAUUCUUCCUCGGACGCUUCUUCUCUUGAUGUUAUUUUUAGCUGCUUUCUGCUGGAUCGCGGUCAUAAUGAUGCUCAUACUUAGCAUAAAAUUGAAGUGUACGUCGUUCGAUAUUCGGAGCUCCGCGGGCCUGCGGGUGUUCGUCAUUGUGACAACUCUACUUCUCAUUUACGUCAUGAGUCAGGUGAACGUGUUCUGUUGUGGUGGCGGCGUGUUCCACAUGCUCACUGUUCAGGUGCUAUCGAACACGAGUGACGACCACUUGGAGUGCCCUGUACCCCACUACAUCUACAUCUCGUGCGUACUGGUGUAUAUGAGCGUCGCAAUCUUCCUCAGGCUAGCCGCUGGUAUCAAGCUCAUACUGAUGCUGAUUAUGGCGGGAGGUUACAUUGUACUGAUGGAGGUCACACACGUGAACAUAUUGGACAAAUACGACGCGCUUUACAACCCCGUAAUACCUACAGAUAUCAUGGGGAUUGUGGUGAUCGUCAUCUUUACCGUGACGUUGUACGUGCAGGGGCGUCAGACUGAGUGGACGUCACGGCUGGAUUUUCUCUGGAAAACGAUGGCAACAGAGGAAAAGAUCGAGAUGACGGAGUUACAGGAGAGUAACAGGAAGAUCCUGUGCAAUCUACUUCCGACCCACGUGGCCACGCACUUUAUCACCAAUCAUAAUAAAACGCACCUGGAGCUGUACAGUCAGCACUACAGCAAAAUCGGUGUCUUCUUCGCGUCCAUCCCGAACUUCUCCGAGUUUUACAUGGAACUUGACGCAAACAACCAGGGAAUGGAGUGCCUUCGUGUCCUCAACGAGAUUAUCGCGGAUUUUGACGAGCUCCUAAAUGAGCCGAGGUUCAAAGCCGUUGACAAAAUCAAGACUAUUGGAAGCACGUACAUGGCCGCGGUGGGGCUCACCCCGGAGUUCAAAAUUCAGGACAGCCCGGACUCUGUGACAUCAUAUCUAUCCAUCCUCGUAGAAUUCAUCAUGUCUAUGCAGGAAAAGCUGCGAAACAUCAACGAAAACUCCUACAACAACUUUCAGUUAAAAAUAGGUGUCAACGUGGGCCCAGUCGUCGCGGGAGUUAUUGGGGCAAGGAAACCCCAGUACGACAUUUGGGGUAACACGGUCAACGUGGCGAGUCGCAUGGAGAGCACGGGAAAACCCGGGCAAAUACAGACUACAGAGGACGUACGGAAUGCGCUCUGUGAUUGGUUCGAAUUCGAGUGUAGAGGGACGGUUAGGGUGAAAGGGAAAGGCGAGAUGACGACUUUCUGGCUCACCGGAAGGAAGACCGCCAAGGGCCUCCCCAGCCCGCGUCUCCUCUCUUUAUCUGGUAAUGACGCUAGUUCCGGUUCGGGAGGCACAGGGGCGUUAGUCUCUGCGGACGGCAGCGAAACGAAUCCGGAGGUUGCAAAAAUAGAUUCUCGGGAAAUGUGUGAAAAUGUGAACGAAUUGCGAAAUGGCAAUAGCUUGAGCGUGCAACGACCUCCGCUAUUACAACACAGCGUUUCAAACACGAGUCAUACGAGCAACGCGUCUAGUUCUAGUCAAACUCAGAAACAAUCGGAAAUUAUGUCUCAGAAACCGUCAAAUAAUUCCCUAACAGAAAACAAACCUGCAAAUUCCCCUACCUCAUCCCUGAGGUCAUUACCGAUGUCACCGAGUGGCCUUGCGCGCUCAAUAGAGCCGGAACAUGCGCAGAAGAUCGACCUGCAAAUGAACAUGCCAACCCCACCCGGAAGCUUAAGCAGGCGACGCAAUAACUUAGAAAGUCCUCGCGAUACGAGAAAUCCUUUGAAAAAGCUGGGUAACUCGACCUUAACAAAUUGCAUCUCAAGUCAAGGGCCGCCUUCUGAGUGUUCGUCGACGUAUAUGCGCGUUGACUCACCGGAGCUUCCAGCAGUGCAUUUUAGAAACAUCAAAAUGAGCGAAGGCGACGACAGACAUUCGCGCGCAAUUCAGAACAAUUUAUUUGACAGUCUUAAAGUGGGUAACGAUGUUCAAGCCAGUGACGUACAUCUCGGCAACCAGAAACCACUGGUACUGCGAUCCGUCAGCAACCCGAUGGACGUUGUCGGCAGAAAGGAUACUAACGUAGAAACAGUUAAAACACGAACUGUCGAUGGAGAGAUCUCGCCGCCUCCAUUACCGGCUAAACAUCGGGAGUCUUUUGGUGGCUACGCUCAAGUCCAGUACCACUCUAUUUCCACGCCCUCUAUGAGUUACCAUAAAAACGAUCCGCAGCUGAAGCCAAAAUAUCACAUGUCGGAACACGGUCGCCCGAUUGUCCCUUAUCAAGUCAGCAACCCUAUAGUCCCGCGUUUACAGCAAACCCCUCUGGUGCAGGCUGGAUUAACCAAUCCGAUCCUCGGACCGAUUCGACCAGCGCCAUUGCAGUCGCCGCGAAGUAUAUAUAACCCCAAUGUCAAUUUGUUUCCCAGUGCCGCGCAAUCCAUUCGCAAUGAGCUCGCCAGUAUCGAUGAAAUACCGCUCGAGGAGCGACGGAAGCGAUCAAGCAUGCUGAAGGAGCUAGAGAAAACCGUUAAGCCCUCGGAGCCCAAUAAAGUUCAGCCUCGCUCGCCUCGUGGAUAUGUACCGAUACCAGCUGAUAGCAAGCCUACCGAAGCUACAUACAGUGUGAUUAACAAACACAAGCCGUUAGGCGAUGACUCCUGUAAGGAACAGUUUGUGACCGCUGUUUACAGAGAACCAAUCGCUGCGUCCGUUACACCUUCAUCGAAUAACAGCCCGGCGCCCACGCCACCACCACGAGUCGCGUCCGCUCAAAGGUCCGCACCCCGAACAACGCCUAGUUCGUUUGUAGCACCUCUCACAAGUAUCGCGCCAGUGCUGGAAACUCAAAACCUGUCACGUUUGCCUCCUAGACCAACGCCGCCGGAUAACCGACGGAUUUCUGAUGGGUCUCAAAAAAGUAGCAAUAGUUCCCAGUCCACAAUUACACCAACUUCCGGAAACCCCUUGGUCGCUAGUAUUGACGGCAAAAUGAUGUCACUUUUACCGGCUCCUGUCGACCAAACCUCGGAAGAAGAAGAAAAACUAAUGUCGCUGCUUAAACGUUCGCCUUCGGACAGUAGUAAGGAGAAGUGCAAUAAUCGAAACUCGGUGCCUCAAGUUAAACGCAGUAACUCUAGUCCACGUUUGCGUAACAGAGGAAUAGCGAUGCGCAUUCGUAAAGAUCCGCCCAUGUCGGUAAGCGUUUUAUCGGAUGACGAGUCUGAAGCAUCGCACCAACAAAGUGAAAAUUCUUCAGUUGUUCUUUUGCAGCCGAUUGAACUUAAACCCGCACGACCUGCGUACGUCCGGCAAAUUUCGAAUCCGGAUCAUGGUUUCAGACAUUUUGUUAACCAUUCCGACAACGGGUUGCCCCAUUUAACUAGGCACUUGUCUCGGUCGAGUGAUACAAUACAUAGUAUGUCUCGCGGGCAGCAGACGCCGAAGUUCCCCCUGGUUACAGCGGAAUCGACUUCACUGACGCAGCUUUUGAAAGAGCUGGCGAAUGAUCAUCCUGCGUUGGAAUUGAGUUUACAUAAAGACGUCUUCAGCGAUCACUACGAUUCUGACCUUGACUUGGACUAUGUCGGAGACACUUCAGUGAAAGGUUUUAGCGAUUUCGAACCGUUAUUGAACGGGAACGGUGCAUUUGGUUCCGAAGAGGAAAAUUGUGCAAUGGUGAAGAGCAAAAACAAAAACAGAUCAAAAGAGACAACUGAUAAUAAUACUGAUAGUAGCAAUGUUCGUACUCCCGGAAAAGUAGCGCCAAACCCGUUUCAGGUUAAACGUCGCCAUAAUUACACGAUUCCUCCGCGUUACUGCAGGAGCCUGGACUAUAUUCCAAGCGAUCAUGAAGAUCCCAUGACUUCAAAUCAGUCAUCCGCAUGCGGCAGCCCGAAAUCAAAAUACAAAGCGCUUAAUAUGCAUUCAUAUAUGCUUCCAUUUUUCUCCGGACGAAACCCUCUCGGUAUUGAAAGUAUAAGUGUUUCAUCCAUUGAGUCAGGCAGUGAAAUGUCAAGGAGUGACCCGGCUUUGAAUCACCAGAGUAGUUCGUCCGCGUAUGAAUCUGAGUACGAUAAUUAUAGACCGGGAAUGUUGAGUGACGAGGACUUCUUUAAUAUUGACCAAGUUAGUGACAUGGAUGCCGAUUUGUACGAUGAUAUGAAUGUAGACGAUGUAACGGUUAGCGAUCACUAUAGUCUAGAUCUACCACCAUUGCCUGUGUUUCCCAAGAAGAAAAUUACAGAUGUUUAAUCUUGACUCUCAAACGUAUCAAAAUAACUAUUUGAACAAAAAAUGGAAGCAACACAAGAUUUUGAUAUUUUUAUGCACACUUUUUACUUUGGGUAUAUUUACUGCAAAUAAAUCGCGUGUCUUUGUAUAUGUUAGUAUGGUCAGAUAUAAUACAAAUAUGGCAUUCGUUUACUUGUAAUACAUCGUGUGCUCGAAUUUUAAGAAUUUACUUUUGAAAAUAGCACACACUUGUCAUGCAUGCGCUAGCUGCUUUUACGACAUGAGAGUAAAGAAUAGACUUGGGUCCUGUAAAAUAAGCAAGACUUUGCCUAUAUAUACCUUCUACCAUUAAUGCUGAUGAUAUUAAAACAUUUCAUAAAUUAAGAAUUAUUAUGCCCCCCUUCGAAGAAGAGGGGGUAUAUUGCUUUGCUCAUGUCGGUCGGUCGGUCGGUCGGUAUGUCGGUCCGUCCACCAGGUGGUUUCCGGAUGAUAACUCAAGAACGCAUACGCCUAGGAUCAUGAAACUUCAUAGGUAGAUUGAUCAUGACUCGCAGAUGACCCCUGAUUGAUUUUAAGGUCACUAGGUCAAAGGUCAAGGUCACGG